AUCAACUUCCGCUGUUUUCCGGAUGUGACGUAGAAAAGUAAACAGAGGAGCUGUCAGUGGAUCCAGAAAUUAAGAUAAUUGCGACUAAACGGAGCGAUUUUUUAAACACAUUUUGCUUUUUAUGCACACUAAGGAAUAUUUUUAUGAGUAGCUGUUUCAGAGUCUAAUAAAGGUCUCACGGGGACAGGAGUGACACUGUCCUACAAUGUUCACAGACAUGGACUACGAAUUGGAGGAGGACAAGCUAGGGAUACCAACUGUUCCUGGUACUGUGUGUCUGAAGAAAGACGCUAAUAACCUUAUUGGGAUCAGCAUCGGCGGUGGGGCACAGUACUGUCCUUGUCUCUACAUUGUCCAGGUCUUUGAUAACACCCCAGCAGCUCUGGAUGGGACACUGGCGGCAGGUGAUGAGAUCACAGGCGUGAAUGGGAAACCAGUGAAGGGAAAGACCAAAGUAGAGGUGGCCAAGAUGAUUCAAGCUGUACAGGGAGAAGCAGUAAUCCACUACAACAAACUGCAGGCAGACCCCAAACAGGGGAAGUCUCUGGAUAUAGUGCUGAAAAAAGUCAAACAUCGGCUUGUGGAGAAUAUGAGCUCAGGCACAGCAGAUGCUCUUGGACUCAGCAGAGCUAUUCUAUGCAACGAUGGGCUGGUAAAAAGACUGGAAGAGCUGGAGAAGACAGCAGAGCUCUACAAAGGGCUGAUGGAGCACACUAAGAGACUGCUCAGAGCUUUCUUUGAGCUUUCUCAGACUCACAGAGCGUUUGGUGAUGUUUUUUCUGUAAUCGGGGUGAGAGAGCCGCAGGCUGCUGCCAGCGAGGCCUUUGUGAAGUUUGCUGAUGCUCACCGCAGCAUUGAGAAAUACGGUAUUCAGCUGUUAAAGACCAUCAAACCUAUGCUCCACGAUCUGAACACGUACCUUCACAAGGCCAUACCAGACACAAAGCUCACCAUCCGCAAGUACCUUGAUGUCAAGUUUGAAUAUUUGUCGUACUGCCUGAAGGUGAAGGAGAUGGAUGAUGAAGAGUACAGCAGUAUUGCCAUGGGAGAACCCCUGUACCGUGUCAGCACUGGUAACUAUGAGUACCGUUUGGUGCUGCGGUGUCGGCAGGAGGCUCGCGCCCGUUUCGCCAAAAUGAGGAAGGACGUUCUGGAGAAGAUAGAGCUGCUGGAUCAGAAACAUGUCCAAGACAUCGUGUUCCAGCUGCAGCGCUUCGUCUCAGGCAUGUCACAUUACUACGACGAGUGCUACGCCGUCCUGAAGGAGGCGGAUGUCUUCCCCAUCGAAGUGGACCUCUCCCGCACCAUGAUCAACUACGGCAGCCAGUCGUUCUCCUACACUGGAGACGAGGAGGAAGAAGAAGAGGGAGGAGGCGGAGAGGAAGGAGGGAGCAGCGCAGGGAGACAAGCAGAGAACGGCGCUGAGAAACUAAUCGACGACGAAUGAGAGUGAAUGAGUGUGUGUGUGUGUGUGUGUGUGUGUGUGUGUUUGGUGUUCUCGAGGAGAUGAAGUCCACCCCUCUGACAUAACUGUUCUUCACUUGCAUCUAAUGUCAAUGCACUCACCAAGCAGCGAUCCUUGCAGUGGAGUAUAGCAGUUUAAAUGGAUAACACUAUCGUCACAAAGGUGAUUACUACUGAAAAUUGCUGCUAUGAUAUAACGCUGUAUGUAGGUCUGUUGGUGGUGUUUUCUUUCUGGGAUCCUCUGAAUUCAACAGCUUUGUGAUUACUUUACAAUAACAACUGUCAGCCUAAAAGACUUCCUGCUUCUUGAUGUGACCGUCCUCCACUCAUAAGCUCAUUGCUUAAUGACUGUGAGAGAGACGACUAACAGAAGGUAAUUUUAUUUAAAUCUAAAUGCUAUGGAGGAGUUUUAAUGUGACAGAGUAGGAUUUAUAUGCAUAUGAGGUGUGCCUUCUUAGCUCCUUAUGAAGUGAAAUGGGUCAGGGUUGCGUGUCAAUGUGCAUAUUGUGGAUUGUUAAACUUAUAUCUUUAUACUUACAUUUUUAUUUUGUAAUUUUCUUUGCUAAAAACGUAAUAUUUUGGAUUCAUUUGGCUACCCUAAAAUGAUAUUCUGUGGUUGAUAUUUAAAGGUCCAGUGUGUAGGAUUUAGGGGGAUGUAUUGGCACGGAUGGAAUUCAAUAUACUAAGCAUGUUUUCAGUAAUGUAUGAUCAGACGGACAGAGACGGACCUCUGUGGAUAAUUCAACUCCUGGUAAAAAAAAAAACUUCCUGAACAUCUAGAUCUUAAGUUAUCAGAGAAAAAAGUUGUGUACACAUUAGCAGGUGCUGGUCUGCGAUGUGACCAGCAGCAUAGGAAAAACAAUGAUUUGUAACAUGAAGGUGCUUUUAUCAGUGUUUUUACUGGUUUAAAUCAACAGGUCCAGUUGUUUUGUUGAACCUGAGACCUCUGUGGAUAAUUCAGCUCCCGGUAAAAACCUCCAGAACAAUUAACACUUAAGGAAUUCUAACCGGGAGAAGUUUCGGCUGGUUGCAAUCUGUACUCCUCACUGCUAGAUCCCUCUAAAUCCUACACACUGUUCCUUUAAAAAUGACUUUUCUUCUUAGCUUAAACAAAUGGCAGAUGCCACUAAAGAUAUUGUUGAAGAUGAUGACUGACGCAGAAAUAAUUCUGUUUGUAACGUGCAGCUGUUACAUUCCUUUGUUUUUUUCCUCCUCCUUCUGAGCACAUUGAGUUGAUUCACAAAGGAGAGACUGCAUCUGUCACAGAGUCUGAAAAGCUUCACAACCAAAGUCUUUUUUUUAUUUUUUAUUUUAUCUCAUACAAUCUGUUUCAGCUACUCAUACAUGCCCACAGUGACAUGUUUUUACAUUCCAGCAGCAUCCUGCAGUGAACACUGAGCUUUACUACUGUGGAAAUUGAAUUUUAAAAAAUGCAAACAUACAGUUCAUAUAAAUAAAUAUAUACAAA